AUGUACAGAAAUUACUCUCUGGAUGAUAAAUACAAUCAAGAGUUGUUGAAUGUUGUAGAGGCCUUCGGUGGGGCAAAUUGCAAAUAUUGGACUUAAGUUGCAAGAUUAUUUUAUGAAAGAACAGGACUUGCUGAAACUAAAAGUUAUAAUCUAAAGAAAAGGUUCAAAUAUACCUAAUUCUAUAUAGAUAUUAAAUAUUGACAAAUUACUCUGAUAAUAUCAAUUUGGAGCAGGAAUAAAUCUUAUACGAAACUGGAAUCAAAUGCAGAGGCUUAACUAAGGCUGGUCUACAGGAAUUCUAGAACAAGACUGGAUGUAAGUAAGUGUACAUAUCAAUUUCAGCUUGUAUCUUGGGAGAUAUACUUAAAAGAUUGCAAGAUUUCUUUAAAUUGGGAUUAAAAUCAUCUCUUCUGCUUAUAUUCAUUUGAAGAACAUAAAGAAGAAGAGAUUUGGUUCUCAGUUCCCAAGAAUCUCAUAUGUGGACAUUAAUAUAAUGUUGAAGGCAGCUGAUAUAAAGGAGAAGAUAGAUGAUCCCAUUUUUAUUGAAUUAUAAAGUAGUGCUAUCAAAUUAGAAUAAUUAUUUUAUUAACAUGUGAAAUGUUAUGAUAAGAACAUGGAAGAGAGAUACGAUCAUUAUAUGAAAGUGGCUAACAGAUUGUAAUUUAAGAAACUGAUGUUUUUUUUAUAUUUUUGCGGAGAGCUAAAAAGAAUUAGCUUGAAUAUUUUUGAUAAAACUAGUAGUUUUAAUCAUCCUUUGAUAAAAAAUGAUAUUGAACUCAAUAAGCAAUCCAUUUAUUAUUAAUUACUGAUAUCUUAGAGUGAUUGGAAGUAGAAGUAUGAUCUUUUUUUUAAUUGCUCUAAUCAACUUUAAACUAACGAUUAAUUUUCAAUGCUCAUUAAAUAAGCAAAUACAGAUGAAAUAGAUGAAUUUGAUCUGAUACCCAGAAAUCAAAAAUAAAUUUCAAAUAAAGUAGCUAAUGCACAAAUAGAAUGUAUUGGCAAAUAAAAAAAACUUAGAUAUUUUAGGGGUCAUUAUGUUCAGAGGGGUUAAAUAAAAACUACUGGUUAAACAACUAUCUAUUUUGAUCAUGAUGUAGACUCUGAAGAAAUUGAGAAUGAAGAUUUUGAAAAAGAAUUGCAGAAAUAAAAGGAGAAAGAGGAGCUUGAAAAACAAAAAGAGUAAUUUAUCAAAAUUUAUAAUUAAAUGUUUGCUAAGGAGGAAGAGGCUGAUAAGUUUAAGGAUUAAAAGGAAAAGGAUUCUGAAAAUCAUAAAAAUAACAAAUUAAAAAAAAAGGCAAGAAUAAUUUGAAAUGUAUUUAAUUAAUAUUUAGUUUUAUAAAUUGUCUAUCAAUUAAUUAAUUUCAUCCUCAUUCUCAAAAUGUGNAUAUUGGACUUAAGUUGCAAGAUUAUUUUAUGAAAGAACAGGACUUGCUGAAACUAAAAGUUAUAAUCUAAAGAAAAGGUUCAAAUAUACCUAAUUCUAUAUAGAUAUUAAAUAUUGACAAAUUACUCUGAUAAUAUCAAUUUGGAGCAGGAAUAAAUCUUAUACGAAACUGGAAUCAAAUGCAGAGGCUUAACUAAGGCUGGUCUACAGGAAUUCUAGAACAAGACUGGAUGUAAGUAAGUGUACAUAUCAAUUUCAGCUUGUAUCUUGGGAGAUAUACUUAAAAGAUUGCAAGAUUUCUUUAAAUUGGGAUUAAAAUCAUCUCUUCUGCUUAUAUUCAUUUGAAGAACAUAAAGAAGAAGAGAUUUGGUUCUCAGUUCCCAAGAAUCUCAUAUGUGGACAUUAAUAUAAUGUUGAAGGCAGCUGAUAUAAAGGAGAAGAUAGAUGAUCCCAUUUUUAUUGAAUUAUAAAGUAGUGCUAUCAAAUUAGAAUAAUUAUUUUAUUAACAUGUGAAAUGUUAUGAUAAGAACAUGGAAGAGAGAUACGAUCAUUAUAUGAAAGUGGCUAACAGAUUGUAAUUUAAGAAACUGAUGUUUUUUUUAUAUUUUUGCGGAGAGCUAAAAAGAAUUAGCUUGAAUAUUUUUGAUAAAACUAGUAGUUUUAAUCAUCCUUUGAUAAAAAAUGAUAUUGAACUCAAUAAGCAAUCCAUUUAUUAUUAAUUACUGAUAUCUUAGAGUGAUUGGAAGUAGAAGUAUGAUCUUUUUUUUAAUUGCUCUAAUCAACUUUAAACUAACGAUUAAUUUUCAAUGCUCAUUAAAUAAGCAAAUACAGAUGAAAUAGAUGAAUUUGAUCUGAUACCCAGAAAUCAAAAAUAAAUUUCAAAUAAAGUAGCUAAUGCACAAAUAGAAUGUAUUGGCAAAUAAAAAAAACUUAGAUAUUUUAGGGGUCAUUAUGUUCAGAGGGGUUAAAUAAAAACUACUGGUUAAACAACUAUCUAUUUUGAUCAUGAUGUAGACUCUGAAGAAAUUGAGAAUGAAGAUUUUGAAAAAGAAUUGCAGAAAUAAAAGGAGAAAGAGGAGCUUGAAAAACAAAAAGAGUAAUUUAUCAAAAUUUAUAAUUAAAUGUUUGCUAAGGAGGAAGAGGCUGAUAAGUUUAAGGAUUAAAAGGAAAAGGAUUCUGAAAAUCAUAAAAAUAACAAAUUAAAAAAAAAGGCAAGAAUAAUUUGA